AGGCACUACAGCAGUCCCCAAACAAGUUUUGAAACCUUUCUUUUAGAAUAUAGGGUUGCGCAUUUUUACUUGUUUCCUUGUUUCGUUUGUUGAUUUGAUUAAAAAUUAUACCAACGAGGUAGAUUUAUUUAUGCUUUCAUAUUGCCUGAGUGAUCGUGCCUGAGUGAUAUAUUUGUUUAUCUAAUAUUGAAGUUUUUUCAAUUUUCAGUUAAUUGCGUCAUAAUCUUUACAUUCACAUUUGACAUUGACAGUUGUGACGUCACCAAAGGUGAUUGGCAAAUGGCGAACUACUUUUCAAAUUAACUUAACAUUGUAUAAAUAUGCAAGCGUUUUUAUUAAUGAAAUGUAUAUAAUAUUUUUUCAACAAAAUGAAAAAACAUUGUUUAGUUUAAUUGUAAUAAUAAAAAAUUAACUAAAUCCUCGCAAUUAUUGUUAGGGAAAUUCAUAUUUUGAACUUGCCGCUUUAUUGUAAAUUAUAGAGGGCAAUAACAUGAAAAUUUGCGUUGUUUUUUGAGUGGAGGUUGUGUUGGUGAGUGAGAAGAUUUGGGAUAAAAUUCCGGCUUCUCUGCAUUAGAAGCCUAUCCUGUAAUUUAAAAAUUUUAUUCUUGGAAAAACAAAUGAAACUAGAAGGAAAUGGCUGACGAACAGGAGAUAAGGCAACUGGAGCUCUUCUGCAAACAGUUGUAUGAAUCCCAAGACACAAGUGUAAGAGAAGAUGCAGAAAAGACUUUAGUAAUAUUUCAAACAGGCCCAGAUGCACUCACAAAGUGCCAAGUUCUUCUGGAAAGAGGAGAUUCCUCUUAUGCUCAGCUACUGGCAGCUACCACCCUGACCAAAUUGGUAUCUCGUUCUGCACAUGGUUUGAGUUUACAGCAAAGAGUAGAUAUAAGGAAUUAUGUACUAAAUUAUCUGGCUACCAGACCAAAAUUACCCAAUUUCGUACUUCAAGCUCUAGUUACUUUGUUCGCAAGGAUAACAAAAUUGGGAUGGUUCGAUUCUCACAAGGAUGAAUUUGUAUUUAGAAAUGUUGUAGCCGAUAUUGGAAAAUUCUUGCAAGGUUCGGUAGAACAUUGCAUGAUAGGAGUGCAGCUGCUGUCGCAACUCACUUGUGAGAUGAACCAAAUAUCCGAAGUGGAAGCCAAUAGAUCGCUCACCAAACACCGCAAGAUCGCAUCCUCGUUUCGGGACACACAACUCUUCGAAAUAUUUAGGCUCUCUUGUACGCUGCUCGGCAACGCCCGGGAGAAUUGCAAAAAUUUGAAUUUUAAUGAUGAGAGCCAGCAUGGCUUGAUGACUCAGCUGUUGAGGUUGGCCCAAAAUUGCCUCACUUUCGAUUUCAUAGGUACAUCUACUGAUGAAUCGUCUGAUGAUUUAUGCACCGUACAAAUACCGACCAGUUGGAGACCAGCAUUCCUCGACUUUACCACACUAAAAUUGUUUUUUGACCUCUACCAUUCGUUACCCAACACUCUGUCAUCAUUAGCCUUGUCAUGUUUAGUUCAAAUCGCUUCCGUCAGACGAUCCUUAUUCAGCAAUACAGAAAGAGCGAAAUUUUUGACGCAUCUGGUGAACGGCGUCAAACAUAUUUUGCAAAAUCCUCAAGGCUUGAGCGAUCCCGCGAACUACCACGAGUUCUGUAGGCUGUUAGCUAGGCUCAAGUCCAAUUAUCAGCUGGGGGAGUUGGUGAUGGUGGAUAAUUACCCCGAAGCGAUACAGCUUAUAGCUAAGUUUACUGUUCAAAGCUUGCAGAUGUGGCAGUUUGCCCCAAACAGCGUCCAUUAUCUUCUAAGCCUGUGGCAGCGUAUGGUUGCAUCAGUGCCCUAUGUUAAAGCCACGGAACCCCACCUACUCGAAACCUAUACUCCCGAAGUGACCAACGCUUAUAUCACCUCUCGAUUGGAAUCCGUCACCGUGGUUGUCAGGGAAGGUUUAGAAGAUCCUUUGGACGAUCUAGGAAUGGUCCAACAACAGUUGGAACAGCUCUCCGUCAUCGGUAGAUGCGAAUAUCAAAAGACCUGUAUGCUUCUCGUGCAGCUGUUCGACCAAGCUGUCAGAAGUUACUCGGAGUUGCUGGGAAAUCCUAGUCAGAGAAUGGAAAUUACUGUUCAAGAAGGUCAGUUAACGUGGCUGGUAUACAUAAUAAGUUCAGCAAUAGGAGGUAGAGUAUCGUUUAACAGUAACGAGGAGCAUGACACGAUGGAUGGUGAGCUGGUGUGCAGAGUGUUGCAGCUGAUGAACUUGACGGAUUCCAGAUUGGUACAGGGCGGCUGUGAAAAAUUGGAAUUGGCCAUGUUGAGUUUCUUCGAAGCAUUUAGAAAGAUAUAUGUCGGCGAUCAAGUACAGAAAAAUUCCAAAGUUUACAGAAGGCUGUCUGAAGCGUUGGGGCUCAAUGACGAAGCGACUGUUCUUAGCGUUUUUAUUCGGAAAAUAAUUACCAACCUAAAAUAUUGGGGCCGUAGUGAACAAAUAAUCAGCAAAACCUUGCAAUUACUGAAUGACCUGUCAGUGGGAUACAGCUGCGUUCGGAAACUCGUCAAACUAGACGAAGUGCAGUUCAUGUUGAACAAUCACACGAGCGAACAUUUCCCAUUUCUUGGCAAUUCGGUCGCGGUAACUGAAAUGCGAUGUAGGUCGAUGUUUUAUACGUCUCUCGGUAGAUUGUUGAUGGUGGAUUUGGGCGAAGACGAAGACAGGUUUCAUACGUUUAUGUUGCCUUUGACGGCAUCAUUCGAAAGUAUAGGAACUUUGCUGGCCUCGGCCGAUUCGCCUUUAUUUGCUUCGGAUGAAGCGAAAAAAGCUCUCAUUGGUUUAGCUAGAGAUUUGCGAGGAUUGGCUUUCUCUUUCAAUACCAAAACUUCUUAUAUGAUGCUUUUCGAUUGGAUUUAUCCAAAUUAUACUCCGAUAUUACUUAGGGCUAUUGAAUUGUGGUAUCACGAUCCUCAAGUAACCACACCAGUGUUGAAACUGUUCGCUGAAUUAGUACAAAAUAGGUCGCAAAGGCUGCAGUUUGACGUCUCGUCCCCGAAUGGUAUAUUAUUAUUUAGGGAAGCUAGUAAAAUUAUAUGUAGUUACGGUAGUAGAAUAUUAAAUGUAGAAGUACCCAAAGAGCAAACCUAUCCGCUGAAACUGAAGGGCAUCUCAAUUUGUUUUUCGAUGCUCAAGGCCGCUUUAUGCGGCAGUUACGUCAACUUCGGCGUAUUCCGGUUGUAUGGCGAUGAAGCUUUAGAUAACGCCUUGAAUAUUUUUGUUAAGUUGUUGCUGUCAAUUUCCCAGUCUGAUUUAUUGGAUUACCCCAAGCUUUCGCAAACGUACUACGUCCUGUUGGAGUGCUUGGCGCAGGAUCACAUGAGUUUUCUGUCGACGUUGGAGCCGCAAGUAUUCCUGUACAUAUUGUCGUCGAUAUCCGAAGGAUUAACCGCCUUAGAUACGAUGGUCUGUACGGGGUGCUGCGCGACUCUUGAUCAUAUAGUCACUUAUUUAUUUAAACAAUUAACGCAAAAAGUUUAUCCAGGAAAAGAGCAACGCGUCGGCAUGGCGCCGAACAGUGAUAUGUUCCUUAAAGUGCUGGAAAUGCACCCGGAAAUCCUUCAGCAAAUCCUUAGUACCGUACUAAACGUGAUAAUGUUCGAUGAUUGUCGAAACCAGUGGUCGAUGUCCCGUCCACUCCUAGGACUCAUUUUACUCAACGAGGAGUAUUUCAACCAAAUGCGUGAGAGCAUCAUCAGGAGUCAACCGCCCGACAAGCAAGCGGCCAUGGCGCAAUGGUUCGAGAACCUUAUGGAUGGAAUUGAAAGGAAUUUAUUAACAAAAAAUAGAGAUAGGUUUACCCAAAAUUUGUCAAUGUUCAGAAGAGACAUCAACGACUCGUUGAAAGGGCCCAAUGUAAAUACUUCUUCAGUUAGUGAUAUGAUGACUUCAUAGUGACUUAAGAGUAGCACCUAAAAAAAGAUAUGUGAGGUUAUGUGCUGUUGUAUGUAUUGUGAAAUAUUGUUAUUUUUAGGUACACUUUGCAUUUAUUUUAUUUGAAUAUAAGUGUCUGCAGGCGAAAGUGUGUAAUCUUAUUUUUUUUUUUGUUAUUGCUAGGUGUGUGUUGCAGAUGAUUGAUUUUUUAUAAGUUAUUGAGUAUUGAAGAGAAAUAAAUAAAUGCAAUGAUUAUUUAUGACUUUUUUUUGAUUUUAAAGAG